ACCCUAUCAUGGCCACCACCGUCCUUGGCGAGUCCUCCCCCCGAGAAUUCACCAUCCUCCUCUUGGGUGAAACGGGGGUCGGAAAAUCGACAUGGAUAAAUGGCUUCGCCAACUUUCUGCUUCAUUCGGACCUAUCUUCUGCCGAAGAAAGCCCCAUCCAUUGCGUCAUCCCAACCUCUUUCAUCAUCACGGACGAGGACUACAAAGAAAAAUUAGUCUCCGUGGGGCAGGAUAUGAACGAAGUCAUGGAAACCGGGCAAUCCGCAACGCAACUACCGCAAUCCUACCUCUUCCCCAGAGACGGUUACAUGGUCCGUUUAAUCGACACGCCCGGAAUUGGCGAUGUGCGCGGGGUUAAGCAGGACAAAAAAAACUUCGAACGGAUCCUCGACCAUAUUUCUCACCUCGAAUCACUCCAUGCCAUCUGCAUCUUGCUCAAACCUAACAAUGCCCGACUCGGCAUCAUGUUUCAAUUUUGUAUUAAGGAGCUGUUAACUCAUCUCCAUAAAGACGCCUGCGCCAACAUCGUCUUCUGCUUUACCAACUCCCGUUCCACCUUUUACCGUCCAGGGGAUACGUUACCAUCAUUGAGAAAAUUACUCGAGGAAAAUCAACAUGUAUCCAUCCCGUUAGAUCGGUCCACAAUUUAUUGCAUGGACAAUGAGGCGAUCCGAUUUCUUUACGCGAUAAAAAACGGGGUCGCAUUCGAUUCGGAUGAACGCAAAAAUUAUAUCGCAUCCUGGGAUAAAUCUGUCGGAGAAAUAAACCGACUUCUGGAACGGGCAGAAUCAUCUCCCCCUCACUCAGUGCAAUCGACCCUAUCGCUUAACACGGCAAGACAAACAAUCCUCUCCUUGGGGAGUCCAAUGGCUGAAGUAACCCGAAAUAUCCAACUUAAUAUCGCCACCCAACAAGCACAGAUGGAAUCCGUAAAAAAUUCAGAGAAAUCGCAAGAAGAACUUAGCCGAAACUUGGUUCAUAAAGUAUACGAAGUAAGAAUGCAUCAACUCCUCGAGCCCAGAACGAUCUGUACGGCCGCGAAAUGCACUGACGUUAUUGAAGUUGGCGGCGUAAAGGAUACCAACUAUAAAUCGCACUGUCACACCAACUGCGGCACGGGAAAGCAGAAGCACUUCAAAAUUGGGAAUAUAAAAGGACACAAAAAUUUAAGAAAAUGUUCCGCCUUCAAUCCGGACGGGCUCUGUAAGCGAUGUAACUGCAGUUGGAAGGAACACAUGAAGAUAACAUAUGAGACGUCGUUAGUCGAGAAGGAAGUUAAAGAUAUCGAGAAACAAAUGGAAUUACAAUAUCAGGAGGAUUCUACAAAGAAGAUUGAGAAACAUAUUAAAGAAAUGGGUGUCAUCAUUGACGAGUUGAGACAAGAACAGGAAGAGAUUACAGAUGCGAGCAUAGAAUUCGCCAAAUUUUUGCGACUUAACGCGAUCACGGUGUACAAUAAUGCUAUGGAUGAAUACAUUGGGCAUUUCAUUCAUGACGAGAGGAACAAGAUGGCCAGUCCUGGAGGAGGAAAUCCUAAAAUUUAUGAAGGUUUGAUCAAAUUGCAAGCCGAUUAUAGGAACCAAAUGGAGACUUUAGACAAAGCCAUGCGGCAGAAUAGUUGCGGACCACCACUUACUCCGAUUGAGUUGGACCAACUUAUCAAAAGGUUGUACCGGAUGAAGCAUAACGGCAAAUUGUUAAUGGAAAUGAUGGAAACGUCCCAAUCUUCUGCAGAUUCGUGCUACACGGAGAAGUUAGUGGGUCGGAAUGCGAGUUUUACGACGGUCACUAAACGUCCGAGGAAGAAGGGAAAAUUACUUAACGAAUUCGUGCAAUGGAUUAAUCCGGGAAACCCGUCUAAAUCGGGCGAGAGGAGCCAGUUAGAAUAUGGUAAAAAUAGGCAAUCCGAUGAUAGUGCUUUAACUAAAUCAUUAUAUAAGCCUUCCAAAGGUCAUAAAUUUUCGAAUUCUAUUAAACAAAAUACGGCCGGUGAGUUUGGAAGACAAGAAAAUAAUUAUGCGAAGAAUGAUGGACCCGCAAGUUGGGUUAAGGUAAUGUAUCCCAUUGCAUAUCGGCAACCCAAGGAAGAUUCUCCACAGACACGAUCCGCGCCAACAUCAAAACGACAACCUCCACCGCCACCACCGAAGCCACUAACUUCACAAUCAUCAACACCUCCAUCAUCCCCACUAGUUUACACUAGUGGUAAUGAUUAUGGUGACCAUUACAAGUCAUCAAUGCCGGAAAUUACAGAAGAAAGGGCGAAUUUAAUGCAAGAUAUUCGCAAUGGGCUUAAACUGAAGAAAACCGACACUGCCAAUCAAAAUAGAGCGAACAUACCACCGAGAGACGGAAAUGCAGAUGGAAUGGAUUUGCUAAGGCGAACUUUGGCCAUGAGGGCGGCCAGAUUUCAGGAUGAUGACGAAUGGAAUUAGAUGUAUUCCUUUGAAUAAAUUUAAAUCAACUUGAUGCAAAAAUUAGUGCAAAUUAUGUAUGCAUAAGUUUAUUAUAACUGUGUGAGUAUAUUCAGUGUACAUGUAUUUACAUUAUUUAAAUGUGUAUUUAUACAUAUUAAAGUUAUUUGAAUUGGAUUCGAAAAUCCACAACCCAUUACAUAAUUACGUGAGCGAAAUUUGUAACCUUAACGAACCCAUUGUUUUAUAAAGUAAAA